UUUACAUACAUACUUACCUAUCUACUAAAACCAUGAACGCUUUGUUGGUCUCUUGUUUGGCUUUGGUCACAUUUUGCUACGCUUUUCCUUCUGGUGAAGAAGGAGUUAUCCUUAAAGGCCCUUCUGGAAUAGUCACCAAUCACGGCCCGAUCGGCCCUGCUGGAUCUGAAGACGGGGAUGGGGGAGAGGGUGAAGGUUUAGAAAGUGGUCGAGGCUGGGGACUUGGUGGAGGUUGGGGUCAUGGUAUAGUUUUGACGGCCCCAAUUGCCGUGGAACACAGUCUUGAAGUCAUCACUAAAGGAGGUGGUACCAUUGGAGUCAGCGAACACGGGGCUGCUAUCAGAGGACCCCCAACCGCUCCCGUUAUUGUUGCUGGACCUUCUGGAAAAAUUGCAGCUGAUGGCCUCUGGGGGCCCACUAAGAAUGUUGGACUUAAAUGGGGCCAUGGAUGGUAAAACUGCAAUGACGUUUGUUACGGAUUCACAACAAUUAAUUAAUAUUUAAGUCACAACUGUAUCUCAUCACUCUCAU